AUGUAUCGGAAGUUGUCUAAGUUAGAACACUCGGAAAUAAAACAACUUCUUACAGAAGCUAAUAUAGAUGUUGCAAAACAUUACGCGACAAACAAAAAAGCACUCGCUGACUUCAUUAAAGACUACAAUGGUGCAAUAAGUUAUGAUAGAAUUCAUGAGUUCAUAAAGCCGCAACGCGGCGAGGACGAAGUCCAUGCAAGAGCAUUUCCUUUAAAUGACAUUGCUAUUGACUUAUAUCAUAGACGUUCAGUACCUCAUGAAGUAAGAAGAGAAAUGUUUGACAUAACAAAUGCGAACGUUGGUCAUACUCGUAAAGCUCUUUCGCAUGAUGUUCGUCAAGAGAUGUUUGACAUAACAAAUGCGAACGUUGGUGAAACAAGAAGAAGAGACGACACACUGAAACAACAGAGAAGAGAGAUGUUUAAGAGCGCUAUAGAACAAGUUCGCAAAGCUAACGAUGUCAUUCGUUCCAUUGACGACAAACCAAAAGAAGGUGAGAGAUGGUUAAAGAAAGAUGAAGAGAAUAGGAAGAGAAAUGUGAAGUCAGGCAAUAGACUCAUUGACUUUAACAUCGAAGCUUUAGAUGAACCAAACAGAGACUACUUACACAAACAUUUCGGUAAG